AUCAACGUCCCGAUUCGAUUUCAUAAACGCAAGAGGGCGCUAUUCGACAAGCGCGAAAAAUUAGGGAAAAUCUAAGCACAACAUGGCGAACGUCGAACAGGAGCUUGUGCAGCUGGAGCUGCUAUGCAAGCAACUUUACGAGAGCCCUGACACCGAGCAACGUUCACAGGCCGAAAAGGCUCUAGUUAGUUUCACCAACUCUCCAGAUCUCAACAAAUGCCAGCUACUGCUUGAAAGGGGGAAUUCUGCCUAUGCCCAGUUACUUGCAUCAUCAUCACUCCUUAAACUGGUCUCUAAAACCACUGCAGUCAUUCCCCUUGAACAAAGAAUAGACAUCAAAAACUAUGUGUUGAACUAUCUUGCCAGUAGACCUAAACUGCCCAAUUUUGUUUCCCAGGCACUCAUUCAGUUACUCGUGCGGAUCACAAAGCUAGGAUGGUUCGACAGCAGGAAAGAUGACUAUGUCUUCAGGAACGUCAUGUCGGAUGUCUCCAAAUUUCUCCAAGGUUCCAUGGAACAUUUUGUCAUUGGAGUACAACUCAUGUCACAACUUGUUAGUGAAAUCAAUCAGCCCGACAACAUUCGUCCCCUUACGAAGCAUAGAAAGAUAGCUUCAUCCUUUCGAGACACCAUGUUAUUUGAGAUCUUCAACAUGGCAUGUAAUCUACUCAAACAAGCUUCCAAAGGUGGUAUCAACAUGCAGGAUGACAGCAAGCAAGCUGUGAUCAACCAGCUCUUGCAGCUCUCAAGGAACUGCUUGACCUUUGACUUCAUAGGUACAUUGACCGAUGAAUCGUCAGAUGACUUGGGCACUGUCCAGAUACCUACAGGAUGGCGGUCAGCCUUUCUGGAUUUUAGUACAGUACAUCUCUUCUUUGAUCUAUACAAGGCAUUACCUGCAUCGUUAGCACCUAUAGCCCUCUCCUGUCUAGUACAGAUAGCUUCAGUACGCCGGUCAUUAUUCAACAAUUCAGAACGAGCAAAGUUUUUAUCACAGCUAGUCACUGGGGUGAGAGGGAUCCUGGAAAAUCCACAAGGUCUUUCAGAAUCAGCCAACUACCAUGAGUUCUGCAGAUUACUUGCAAGAUUAAAGUCAAACUAUCAGCUUGGUGAACUGGUCAAGGUGGAAGACUACACCGAAGUCAUAGCCUUGAUUGCAAAAUUCACAGUCUCAAGUUUACAGGCGCCAGUCUGGCAAUUUGCACCCAACAGUAUUCACUACCUCUUAACGCUAUGGCAGCGGAUGGUUGCGUCCGUACCCUACGUCAAGGCCACGGAACCCCAUCUCCUGGAGGUCUACACUCCAGAGGUCUCCAAGGCCUACAUCACCUCAAGGUUAGAUUCUGUCACCAUGGUGAUACGAGAUGGGUUGGAAGACCCCCUGGAUGAUACCGGUAUGGUUCAGCAGCAGUUAGAACAGCUGUCUACCAUAGGUCGGUGUGAAUAUGAGAAGACCUGUGCACUCCUCAUUCAGCUCUUCGAUCAAUCAGCGCAGGAUUACCAGAAGACCUUACCUUCAAGCCCUGAAAUGGCCAUACAAGAAGGUCGAUUGACUUGGCUUGUGUAUAUCAUUGGUGCCGUGAUCGGUGGUCGGGUAUCUUUCACUAGUGCGGAUGAACACGAUGGGCUCGAUGGGGAAUUGGUCUGCAGAGUACUGCAAUUGAUGAACCUUACUGAUGCCAAACUAUCACAUGGAGGCUGUGAGAAGCUAGAUAUCGCAAUGCUUAGUUUCUUUGAACAAUUCACAAAGAUAUAUCUUGGACACCAGAUACAAAAGUCAUCAAAGCUAUACAGAACAUUAUCACAGGUACUAGGACUCCAGGAUGAAUCCAUGGUGCUCAGUGUAUUCAUUGGUAAAAUAAUCACCAACCUCAAAUACUGGGGAGGCAGCGAACCCAUCAUCUCAAAGACGUUACAGCUUCUCAAUGACCUGUCCGUUGGGUAUAGCAGUGUCAGGAAGCUGGUCAAACUAGAAGCAGUGCAAUUCAUGUUAGCCAAUCAUACAAGCGACCAUUUUCCAUUUCUUGGCGCCAAUGGCACGCUAUCAGUCCACGACAUGAGGUGCCGGUCAACCUUCUACACUGCCCUCGGUAGGUUACUUUUGGUAGAUCUCGGAGAGGACGAGGAAAGGUUCGAAACUUUCAUGGUACCACUCACGACGGCCUUUCAAUAUGUUGGCAACCAGCUGGCUAAUGCAAAGACAGGUUCAGGUUGGAAUGAAGCUAAUACGAAGAGGACACUCAUUGGGCUAGCCCGAGACAUCCGAGGGAUUGCGUUUGCUUUCAACACAAAGACAAGUUACAUGAUGCUCUUUGACUGGAUCUACCCUGCCUACACCCCUGUAUUACUGAGUGCCAUAGAGCUGUGGUACCACGACCCAUCCGUGACCACGCCCCUUCUUAAGCUCAUGGCCGAACUGGUCCAGAAUAGAUCACAGAGGUUACAGUUUGAUGUCUCCUCACCAAAUGGCAUCUUGCUAUUCAGAGAAACCAGCAAGAUGAUGGUAGCAUAUGGUACAAGAUUGCUCACGAUUCAAGACAUUCCAAAAGACCAGAUAUACCAGAUGAAAUUGAAGGGCAUCGCUGUUUGUUUCUCCAUGUUGAAAGCUGCCCUCUCUGGCAGUUAUGUCAACUUUGGUGUAUUCCGUCUCUACGGUGACAGUGCACUAGAAGAAGCAUUGCAGAUGUUUGUCAAACUCCUCCUCUCGAUCCCCCUAAGCAAUCUGCUGGACUACCCUAAACUCAGUGGAUCAUACUAUGUUCUUUUGGAAUGCUUAGCCCAAGAUCACAUGGGUUUCAUCAGUAGUUUAGAACCUCCAGUCUUCCUACAUGUCUUGUCAUCGGUAUCAGAAGGUCUUACAGCGCUCGAUACUAUGGUGUGUACAAGCUGCUGCGCUAUCCUGGAUCAUAUAGGGACAUUCCUCUUCAAGCAACUCACAAAGAGCACAAAGACAACUGGUCAGACCAACAGCUGGCCGAAGAGUGGAGGGGACACCAAGAACUACACAAACCUGCUAGAUGUACCAAGGGAUCUCCUUAGACAGAUGCUGUCAACAGUACUGAAUAUUAUCAUGUUUGAGGAAUGCAGGAAUCAGUGGUCCAUGUCUAGGCCUCUCUUAGGUCUUAUCCUACUCAAUGAAAAUUAUUUCCAAGAGUUCCAGCAGUCUGUUAUUAGUGCCCAGCCAGUGGAGAAGCAACAGGAUAUGCACAUGUGCUUCAAGAACCUUAUGGAUGGUAUCGAGAGGAACCUCAGAACAAAGAACAGAGACAGAUUUACGCAGAACUUGUCUGUAUUCAGGAGGGACGUGAACGACUCUCUGCGGACGUCAAACACGUCGGGUAACAACGGAGAUGGCAGCACGGGUAGCAACUCCACAGUGACGGUUGACAUGAUGAGCUAACAUAGAAUCCAUCCAAUGGGACUAUAGGAGUCAUUCAGGGUCUUUCCGUUCCUGCUGUUACCCACAAACCAUCUAGAGUCAUAUAUAUGGAUGUGGAUAGCGAUUUUGGGGGUGCAGGUGGAAGCCCAACGGUGUAAGUGGAUCACUAAAUAUAACUGCAUAAGAGGGACAGCAGAGAUUGAGAAACCAGUGGUGAAUCGUUACAGAAAGGUGAUUUGUGGGACUGCAGCGUAUGUUGCAUUCAGUAGAGGAGAAUACAGGGAAAGGCAUAUAUGGGACUGCAGCGGACAUGCAAUCCUUUCAGUGGAAAGCUACAUGAAAGAGCGUGUAUGGGACUAUAGAAGUCUUGCAACAGUAGGUAGAAAGCGACAGUAAAGAUCAUGCACGGGACUGCAGUAAUUAGCGGACAGCUACAGAUAAACAACGUAUACGCUGGCUAUGAAUUCAUGCUUCAUUAUGUCGACCCAUGAUCAUGGGAUAUUUGGGUGUUAUGGCACUCUGUUUAGAGAAUUUCAGCUUGGGUAACAUAACCGGUAUUAUGUGUGAAAAAAUGUGGUUUAUGUUUUUCUUUCAUCGAUAUCUUCAUUUUUUUGUGCUCACACCUUUAUAUAAAAGACCAUAUGUGAAGGGGUUUAGUUGGAAAUAGUGUUUGGGAUAAACCUUCAGGCAUUUGUAAGGAAAGGGUCUAUUUUCACUUCCAUCCACUCUAGAAAUUAUUUUUGUAAGAAAAUUCCUUUUCUAUUAUCUUAUUUGGACAAUGUAUCUUGAGCAUAUUAUGGUGGCAGUCGGCAUUCUUUGCCAUCGGUUUACACUCGACUUUACACUCUGUGCCAGAACAACAGUGACCACGUCGGAAUAACGGGAUCACUUAUUCUGGCUGUCAAGAGUAAAGUAGAGUGUUAUCUACUGUCAGUGAAUGCUGACUUGGUCUGUAAUUCAAGUUUGUUGUGAGCCCAUAUGCUGCAAGUUAAAAUGUAAAGACUCAAAGAUUUCAUUAUGCAAUUUCAUAUUUGACUUUCUUUUUUUUUCUCUUCGUCCAUAAUUUGUUAAUUUGCUGUUCGAUGGAGGAAUAUCGAUAUCAUCUACAGACAAUCUUUGGGACAAAAUGUGUGUCUUUUGGUGCAUAGAACACUUUUGGUUUCAGGUUGAUCAUAUCAAUCAAACUCAUAGUUUCAUAGAAAUGCUUAUUUGCGGGAGAAAAGGUCAAGAAAGGAAAAUUGAAACAAAAUUGGGUAUUUUUUUGUGAGUUUAUAAAUCUUUAGCAAGAACUUUGCAAGGAAAUAAUAUUAAGAUUAUUUUCGAUGUUUUAGUGAGUUUUGGGAGAUGUGACAUACAUCUAAUUCUUCUUUCUCACAAGUCUAUAAAGAGGCAAGUCAAGUCUUGUGUUUGAAAAAAAAAGGUAAUCAAAUAAUUGGAGAAUUAUGCAACUUAUUUUGGUUUCUCUGAUGAUUAGUAAUUCCAUCCUUUAGAAUCUGCAUUGCAACAUUUUCACCUGGAUGUAAUUUGGAAUGUAUUGCUUCACGUUAUUUCACAAAACUCUUGGAAUUAGACGUGUUCAUUGUAUGAAAUAUACUCCAUUGUUUGGCAAAGUACCGCUUGAAUAUGUAAUUAAAUAGUUCAUGAUAUAUGAAGGGUACAAACUGGUUUUAUACUGGAGCACGACAUCCAAACUUGUUAAAUAAUAUAUCCUAGCCUAAACCUGAGGUAUUUUUUUUUUUAUGUGGGAAAUAAUGCAUUGAUAAAUUGGUUAGCUAUUGAACAUCACAUUGCCAAGUUUUGACACCUUAACUGAUUUUCAGGCAUAUACAAAAAGAUUCAAGCAUUUAUACAAUUCAAUACAUUAUAAUUUGUUGCUGAUUUUACCAUCAUUUGCAAAAGUUUAAGACCACUUGAGUGUUGUCUAUUGUUUAGUUACAUGUAAUAAUUGCAAUAAACUGUAAGUUUCUUUAAAAAAUGGCCUAAUAUAAUGUGUUUGUGUUGAUUCAAUGAAACCAUUACAGGAUAUUACAAUGAUAUACAUGCGCUAUACACACACAUUUUCAGGUGGUCUGUAACUUUUGCAAAUGAUGGUAUUACAAGUGCCUGUGUGGAUCUUAUUGACUACCAUUAUUACACACACAAAAACAGCAGAAGAGUAAAUAUGUACAGCUGUACAUAAAUUUGGUGUAAAACUAUUUUCUUUAACAGGUCAAUUGCAAUGGUAAUCUAAACCUGUCAUAGUUUUAGAUUAGAUUUUGUUCACAGAUCAGUUAUUAUAAUGAGUCGGUUGUUAACUUCAUUUUCCCCCCAAUCUAUUACAACACAUAUUGAAAAUGGUUUGGGGG